CAAAGCCCAGUCUGUCGGACAUUCAGUUUUCGUUAAGAGAGCGGCAAAUACGGUGCAAAUUGUGUCGCCAGUGUCCGAUUUUGUAGCGGUGCUUUUAUCAUAAUUAUUUAGUGUAAAAGGAAUACUCCCAAAAAUAAGACAUAUAUAAAGAUGAUCUCCUCGUAUUUUAGUACAGGAAAUAAGGUUUUAUUUACACUUUUAGUAAUUCUUUCCAACGCGUGCUGGACAUCAGCAAAAACAGGACCUACACAUGGCAAAGUGGUGGUGUGUUAUAUUUCUACAUGGGCUGUGUAUCGUCCGGGUAAUGGUGCGUAUGCGAUCGAUAAUUUCGAUCCAAACCUUUGCACGCAUGUAGUCUAUGCUUUUGCCGGCCUUGAUAUUACGCAGUCGGCCAUUAAAUCUUUGGAUCCAUGGCAAGACUUAAAGGAAGAUUACGGUAAAGGUGGUUACGAACACCUGACGGGUUUCAAAAUCACCCACCCACAUUUGAAGGUUAGUUUGGCAAUAGGCGGCUGGAAUGAGGGUUCCAAGAAUUAUUCCUUGUUGGUAGCCAAUGCAGAACAACGUGGUCGGUUCGUGAAACAAGUAACUACGUUCAUACGUAAAUAUAAUUUCGAUGGCCUCGAUCUUGAUUGGGAGUACCCAACACAGCGUGAAGGCCGUCCACAAGAUCGUGAAAAUUUCGUGCAAUUCACGAAAGAGCUGAGAGAUGAGUUCGAUAAAUAUAAUUUGUUGUUGACGUCAGCGAUCGGUGCAGCCAAAAAUGUUAUCGACCAGGCCUAUGAUGUGCGCCAAAUUUCACGUUAUCUCGACUAUUUGCACAUUAUGUGCUACGACUAUCACGGAAGCUGGGAUAAACAAGUCGGCUACAAUUCACCACUCACAGCUCCCGAGGGUGACAGCGUGGCGUUUUCAAUCGACUAUCUAUUGAAAUUGGGUGCGCCGCCAAAUAAAAUCGUCCUUGGCUUGCCCUUCUAUGGUCGGACGUUUAAGACGCCGCGAGAUGGCAAUGUGGGCGAUGUUACCGAUGGCACCGCAUUUCAAGGGCCCUUUACGCGUGAAGAUGGUUUCCUUGGAUAUAAUGAAAUCUGCAGUAUGCUGAGCAAUAAAACCUCCGGGUGGAGUACAACUUGGGAUGCGAAAACUUCACAAAUGCUAGCACGUUCCGAGCGCGAUGUCUUUAGUGGCCUAGUGCAAGUGGUGGCAUUCGAUAACGCUCGUUCCAUUGCAAAUAAAGUAAAGUUUGCUGUGGAGAAAAAACUUGCUGGUACCAUGAUAUGGUCCAUAGACACCGAUGACUUUCGCGGUGUUUGUGAUCCAGAAGAGAACAUAUAUGCGGAUUACAAAUAUCUGCAAAGCAACGGAUAUGCAAUUAUGCCGAAGCGUAUAAAUUCAAAUUACCCGUUAUUGCGGACUAUUAACGAAGCCACCACACUCGCAUUGGAAGAGAUCGAGCAAAGUAUAGAAGAUAACGAGAUACCACAUGGCAGCAUAGAAGAUCGAAAGAAUCCAAAUACGGGUGAAAAGGUUUUGGUGCAUGAGGGCAUUUUUGUUUUUAAUAUAUUUAUAGUGUUCAUAUUGCGGCUAGUACAUUAAAGUUUUUGAAAAGUAAUUGUUUUUGUGCGAUGCGAACUAUUUCACUUUUCGUAAAUUUUUUCUAUUUCGGACCGUCGUAUUAUGUCUUAAAGUUUAAAAAUACAUUUGUAUAUGAAAUCUCAACACUGAAAAAUCAGCAUAGAAACUCUCUAAGUAAAGUAAGUGAACCCACAGAGUACUUAAGAUAUAUGUAUGAAUAUUUAUAAAGUUGUAUAAUUAGUUGUAGUGUGAAGUAGUUAUGUGUAAAAAGCCCCUAGAACUAGUUAUUA